UGUCACUAUAAGACGGGGACAUCUGGUCACCCUGGGGACCCGCAAGCUGCUCCAGCCUGACUGAAAGAGCCCCGGGGCUGCUCCCCCUCUGCAAAGCCCCGGUGCACUUCUGGCAAGGGGUGAGGUGACACCAGCCACCUGCCCCCAUCGCAGCCUAGCCGGCGUUUACACUGCCGCUCCUGCUUGCACAGUGCCCCGGAGGAGCAAACCAUACUGGAUAGUCCAUGGGAGGCUGCUGCAUGUAGGGGGCUGGGUGGGGUUUGUAUUUCUCCGCAACAUCCUUCCCCAACUGGCCUGGAAAAUCCACCCCCAGGGCUGUGGGAAAUGACGCAUGAACUGCGUAGCCGAGUUCUUCACCUACGAGACCACCAAGUCGGUGGUGGUGAAGAGCUGGACCAUUGGCGUGAUCAACCGUGGUGUGCAGCUGCUCAUCAUCUCAUACUUCAUCGGCUGGGUGUUUCUCCAUGAAAAGGCGUACCAGGUGCGAGACACCUACAUUGAGUCCUCUGUGGUGACCAAGGUCAAGGGCUUCGGCAAAUACACCAAUAGGGUCAUGGACACAGCAGACUACGUUACACCCCCACAGGGGACGUCUGUCUUCGUGAUCAUCACUAAGCAGAUUGUCACGGAGAACCAGGUGCAAGGCUUCUGCCCUGAGAGCGAAGUGAAGUACAGCUGUGUGUCUGACAGCGACUGCCAGAGGCCUGUCCCUACCACGGGAGGCGGGAUCCUGACUGGCCGGUGUGUGAACUACAACAGAAGCCUGCGGACCUGUGAGAUCCAGGGCUGGUGCCCAGCUGAAGUGGACACCGUCCAGGCGCCCAUCAUGCUGGAGGCAGAGAAUUUCACCCUCUUCAUUAAGAACAGCAUCCGCUUCCCGCUCUUUGACUUUGAGAAGGGUAACCUGCUGCCCAACCUCACGGCCCAGGACAUCCGGACGUGCCGCUUCCACCCAGUCACCCAGCCCUUCUGCCCCAUCCUGCGCCUGGGCGACAUCAUCCGCUUUGCCGGACAGGAUUUUUCCAAGCUGGCCUCCACGGGAGGAAUUCUGGGGAUCAAGAUCGGGUGGGUGUGUGACCUGGAUCGCUCGUGGGAGCACUGUGUGCCCAGCUACACCUUCACCCGCCUCGACAGCGUCUCCGAGAAGAACAAUGUCUCUCCCGGCUACAACUUCAGGUAUGCCAAGUACUACAGGCGGGAGAACGGCACUGAGUACCGGACCCUGAUGAAGGCUUUCGGCAUCCGUUUCGAUGUGCUGGUCUAUGGGAACGCUGGGAAAUUCAACAUCAUCCCAACCCUGAUCAACACAGUAGCAGCCUUCACCUCCGUCGGGGUGGGCACUGUGCUGUGUGACAUCAUCCUCCUCAACUUCCUGAAGGGCGCAGAGCAGUACAAGGCAAAGAAGUUCGAAGAGGUGACGGAUGUGACCCUGCGCCACAGCCCCGUGUACAGGAGCAGCCAGAUGCUGGGAGGCCGGAACAUCGAGAAACAGUCCACUGACUCGGGGGCCUACUCCAUCGGCCUCUAGCGCCCCUGGCCCUGGCAACUGGACAGUUUCCUACCCGCCCCCUGCUGGCCACAGGCACCUCGCCCCUGCUCACUGGCAAGGGCAUCUUUUGUACACCCCCCCUCCUAUGAUCCUCUGCUUCUUCCUCAUCACCGGCCGGAGUCUUCCUCAUGGGCCCCCUCGCCAAGGGAGCGGAAAUCUCUCCUCCGGCAUGUUCUCAUGAAAGCGGUGCCAUCUCCCUCAGGAAGCAUGUACCAUUCCCUCCCCAUCGAACCUGGGCAGUGCCAGGGAGCAGGCAUGGCAGGCAGGGGCCAACAUGGCUGCUGCUGGUAUCGGCACCACUCGGUUACCAGCAUGCCUGGCACUGUACCAGAAAUGGGCAGCACUCCUCACCCUGGGGAGUGUGUGGACCUCAGCAGGGGGCACUCUCUGGGUUUGGCUGGGUGCUGAGAGCUCGGGAGGGUGCCCUUGGGACUGAGGGGUCGAUGGGAUUGGUUCCCUUGUCCCAGCUGGGGGCGCUUUCUCUGGGUUUGGCUGGGUGCUGAGAGCUCGGGGGGCACCCUUGGGACUGAGGGAUGGAUAGGAUUAGUUCCCAUGUCCCAGCAGGGGCCGCUUUCUCCAGCUCAGGUGCUCUCUCCAGCACUGAGAGAGGCACCCCAAUGGUGGGAGUGUGGGGUCUCCUUUUGCCAGCAGAGGGUGUGUGAAAGUAGAAUGAAUUAUAUUGUGAAAAUAGAAAAGAUUAAAGAAAUGCUGUCUGUA